AGCCCUCAAUCAACAUGGCGGAAGGAAGCACGGGAAACUAAAGGGCGCUGCCAGUAGUCAAGAUGGCGGAAGCGGCUUCGGGACAUCCGGUUGGGACCGGAAGCGGGUCGGGAAGCGGGAAGGGGUUCUGAGGGGAGAAGGGGGGGUCGGCCAUGUCGGAUACCUGGAGCUCCAUCCAGGCCCACAAGAAGCAGUUGGAUUCGCUGCGGGAGCGGCUGCAGCGGCGGAGGAAACAGGACCCGCUCGGUGAGGGGAAUUUUGGGGUGAAAUCGAGAGGUUUUGGGGCGGGUGGGGAUGGGGGUGAAAUUGGGGGUUCUGUUGGAAGCUCCGUCCCCACCCCGUGGGGGGGGUCGGGGGGGGCUCUACCAACCCCUCUACGGAUGGGGGGGGUCCCCGAAUUGGCCCCCGACCCGGCCUUGGAGCGUCGGUUGCUGCUUCACCUCGCCGAUGUUGCCCUCACUUUGCCCACCGACGCCGGAGCAAUCCGGGGGGCCAUCGAUACGCCCGAGACGCCGGCGACGCAGCGCAUGGUGGAAAGCCUCCUCCAGAAGUUCGCUGCUCAGGAGCUGAUCGAGGUGCGCCGGGGGCUGCUGGCAGAAGGUCCCACCAUCGUCACCUACGCCGACCACUCCAAGUUGGCGGCCAUGACAGGUGCUGAACGCGGAGGGGACGGCGACGCCGACGUCACCGGGAGGAAACGUCGAGCAGAGCAGGACAAUCCCGGCGGGGUCGGGGUGGCGGGGACGGAAACGGGGAAAGAAAUGGUGAAAAAAUCCCGUAAGCAGGCGUCCGACGUGGACCUGGAGAUUGAGAGUUUGCUCAGCCAGCAGUCCACCAAGGAGCAGCAGAGCAAAAAAGUGAGCCAGGAGAUCCUGGAGCUGCUGAACACCACGACGGCCAAGGAGCAGUCCAUCGUGGAGAAGUUCCGCUCGCGGGGGCCGGGCAGGGUGCAGGAAUUCUGCGACCACGGCACCAAGGAGGAAUGCGUCAAAGCCACCGGCGCCGACCGCCCCUGCAGGAAGCUGCACUUCCGGUAGGGGACGUUACCCAAAAAUCCACGUCUUUUCACCCAAAACGUUACCACUCAAAAACGAAAACAAAACAA